AUGGCCCCUGUUAUCCACUCCACGUUUCUUUCUUCUUCAUUUCCCCAAUCUCUGCUCUUCUCUCACUCCUCCACCCAGAAACCCUCCUUCGACCGUUACAAAUCUUUUCCCUUCAGACCAACUACCGCAAUAACUGUUUCUUACUUACCUCUCACACCCUCUGAAGUUCCCUUCUCGACUUCUCCCGCCAAAUUCCUUACUAGACCACAACAGUUACAACUUCAUAACUCUUCCCAAGCUCUCGGCAGUUCAGUCUCAGCCGAUGAUGAUGCUGUCUCACUCCCCGAUCGUAACCACCAGCUGCUCCGCCUUUCGAUUCGACAUGGCGAUAUCGAGCUUGCCAGUGCUGUUCAUGCCUCAAUUGUCAAGGCUGAAGAAGAUGUCCACCUUAGCAACAGUCUCAUUGCCGCAUACCUCAAACUCGACCGCAUUACGGAUGCCCAAAAGACCUUUGCCUGUUUAUCGUCGCCUGAUGUGGUCUCUUAUUCAGCUCUCGUCUCUGCUUAUGCGAAAUCUAAGCAAGAGGACAAAGCUAUAGAACUUUUCUUUAAGAUGAGAGGUUCAGGUAUUGAACCCAAUGAGUUCAGCUUUGUAGCAAUUUUAACUGCUUGCAUUCGCCUAUCGGACUUGCAAUUGGGUUAUCAAAUCCACUCGUUGGCUAUCAAAACUGGUUACUCUUAUUGCGUUUAUGUUUCGAAUGCAUUGAUGGGUGUGUAUAUUAGAAGUGAAUGCAUUAAUCACGCAUAUCAGUUGUUUGGUGAAAUGGCUGAGAGAGAUGUGUCCUCAUGGAAUACAAUAAUAUCAGCUGCAGUAAAGGAGUUGCAAUACGAAAGAGCUUUUGAUCUCUUUCGUGAUAUGCAGCAAAUUGAUCAACUUCGUGUUGACUCUUUCACGCUUUCGAGCCUUCUGGCUGCCUCCACAGGGAGCUUAGCUAGGAUGGAAGGCCAGAAAAUUCAUGCUCAUGCUCUUAAGAUUGGGCUUCAGUCAAAUGUGAGUGUGAACAACUCCCUUAUUGGGUUUUACACUAAAUGCGGGAGUAUAGAAGACGUAGUGGCUGUGUUUGAGAAGAUGCCAGUAAAGGAUAUCAUAAGUUGGACUGGAAUGAUUACUGGAUAUAUGGAGUUUGGAUUCAUCAAAUCUGCUCUGAACAUCUUUGAUAGCAUGCCUGAGAGGAAUUACAUUUCAUAUAAUGCUAUGUUAGCAGGAUAUUGUCAGAAUGGUGAAGGUUCAAAGGCUUUGGAGUUGUUUCGAGGUAUGGUGGAGGAAGGCAUGGACAUAUCUGAUUUCACUUUAACCAGUGCUGUUAAUGCUUGUUCAAUCCUCUCAGAAAUGGAGACUAGCAAACAAAUUCAUGGGUUUGUUAUUAAGUCCGGUUUUGGUUCAAACUCUUGGAUUGAGGCAGCAUUGCUUGAUAUGUGUACAAAGUGUGCAAGGAUGGAUGAUGCUCAAAAGAUGUUUACUCAAUGGUCCUAUAACGAGGAAAUUUCAGUUGUGUGGACAUCAAUGAUCUGUGGGUAUGCUCGGAAUGGGCAGCUCAUUGAAGCACUGAAUCUCUUUUAUACAAUGCAAGUUGAAGACAUGAUUGUGGAUGAAGUUGCAUCAACUGCAGUACUUGGUGUCUGUGGUUCCUUAGGAUUUCAUGAGAUGGGGAUACAAAUUCAUGCAUAUGUUCUUAAAUCUGGUUUUGUUUCUGACAUAGGGCUAGGAAGUGCAAUAUUUAGCAUGUAUUCAAAAUGUGGGAAUAUAGAUGAUGCAAUAAAGUCCUUCAAUGUCAUGCCAAAACAUGAUAUGGCAUCAUGGAAUGGCUUAAUUGCUGGCCAUCUUCUUCAUAGGAAGGGUGAUGAGGCCUUGUCUAUCUGGUCAAAAAUGGAGAAGAUAGGUAUAAAACCAGACUCCUUCACCCUUGUUUUGAUUCUUUCAGCUUACAGGUAUACCAGAUCAAACUGUGUUGACAAGUGUCAUAGUUUGUUUCUGUCCAUGAGAAGCCUUUAUGGCAUUGAGCCUACACCGGAGCAUUAUGCUUCCAUGGUUGAUGUUUUUGGUUACUGGGGUUACUUCAAAGAAGCAGAAGAACUAAUCAAUAAUAUGCCUCAUGAGUCUGAUGGUUCUGCUGCAUGGAGAGCUUUACUUGAUAGCUGUAGAUUGUGGUUGAAUGCAAGUCUUGGAAGAUCAGAUGGAAAGCAUCUUUCUGAUAUGGGCCCACGAGAUCCAUCUAUGUAUAUACUAGUUUCAAAUCUUGGAAGAUUGGCUGCAAAACAUCUUCUUGCUAUAGAGCCACAAGAUCCAUCUAUGUAUAUACUUGUUUCAAAUCUAUAUUCAGCGUCUGGGAGAUGGCACUGUGCUGAAAGGGUUAGGGAGGAAAUGAGGGAAAAGGGGUUGCAAAAGAUCCCUGGACGAAGCUGGUACAUUCAUCAAAACAAGGUGUAUUCAUUCUAUGCAAGAGAUAAAUCUUACAGCCAAUCCAAAGACAUCUAUAGUGGGUUGGAGAUACUGAUCUUGGAAUGCUUAAAGGUUGGGUAUGUGCCUGAUACAAGUUUUGUUCUUCAUGAAGUGGAGGAGCAUCAAAAGAAAGAUUUCCUGUUCUAUCAUAGUGCAAAGCUGGCAGUGACAUAUGGGCUUCUUAUGACAAAACAUGGAAGACCGAUAAGGGUUACAAAGAAUAUCAGUCUAUGUGGAGACUGUCAUACAUUCUUCAAGUAUGUUUCAACUGUCACUGGUAGGGAAAUCUCUCUCAGGGAUGCUUCAGGUUUUCAUAAUUUCAAGAAUGGUGAAUGCUCAUGUAGAGAUUAUUGGUAAUAGAAUCACUGAAAGCAGAGGUGGUAGUGGUACCCAUGGCCUUGAUGGUGCAACACUAGGGCCGUGAAUAUUAGGACAAAAUACAACAUCAUCUAAAUCAUCCAAAUGUUUUUUUUUUUGUUUGCUUGUUGAUAACUAAUUAGUGCUUGUAACACAAUUUAUAUUUAAAUACUUCAAAUGUUAAAAAUACAUUAUCUGGAAGUUGGAUUGAUGCAAGACAAAUGGAGAUUUAUACUAA